AUGUCUGAAAGAGAUUCCACUAAGAUGCUAGCAUUCUUCUUCUAUGUCGCUUUCUUUGCAUCUGCUGCUGCUAGAGAUAGUGAAGCAGAAGCUCUGUUGAAGUGGAGAGAUAGCUUUAACAAAGAAAGCACAUACACCUUGUCAUCUUGGAAGAAUGAUACUAAUCCUUGCAAAGACUUGUGGAGGGGAAUUUCUUGUGAUGAGUCCAUGUCUGUGAUCAACAUAAGUCUCUCAAACCAUAGCCUUCAAGGUAUGCUUUCCAAUCUCAACUUCACUGCCUUUCCUAAUCUCCUCUACUUCAAUAUAAGUUACAACCAAUUUUAUGGAUCCAUUCCCCACGAAAUUGGUAAUUUGUCCAGAAGUUUGAUGUUGAGUGUGUCAGAUAAUCCAUUAAUUAGGGGUCCCAUUCCUCCUGAAAUCUGGAACCUAACCACUCUAAAUAGUCUUGAUCUUAGUGCAUGUAGUCUCACAGUACCAAUUCCCCAAGAAAUUGGGAAUUUGAGGAAUUUGAGCCUCCUAUAUCUUGGAAGAAGUUCCUUUUCUAGUCUCAUUCCUAAAGAGAUUGGAAUGCUAAGCAAUCUUGUAGACCUUUGUUUGCAAAGCAACUCUCUAUCAGGGAGAAUCCCAUCAUCAAUUGGAAAUUUGACCAAGUUACAGAUACUUUUUCUUUAUGAGAACAAUCUCGGGGGUCCUAUUCCUACUGGAUUAUGGAGUCUCUAUUCUCUCAUUAGUAUUCAAUUACAUGGCAAUGGAUUUUCUGGGCCAAUCUCUCCCUCUAUUGGAAACCUGACAAAUCUCAGAGACUUAACCUUAGCUGAUAAUAGACUAGUACUUUCUGUUCUAAUUCCUCAAUCCAUUGGUAACAUGAUCAAUUUAAACCAACUCUUUCUACAAAAUAAUAGUCUUUCAGGACAUAUUCCUUCCACCAUAGGAAACAUGACAAAGCUCGAUACUCAUGGAUUAAUGAAGAACAAUCUUAGUGGUCAACUUCCACAGGAAAUGAAUAACUUAAGUUGUUAUAGUUUACAACUGGGUGGUAAUCAUUUCCAUGGCCAUUUGCCACAACAGAUUUGUCAACAUAAGAGAUUAUAUAGGUUUGUUGCUAGAGGUAACCAGUUCACUGGUCCUAUUCCAACUAGUUUGAAGAACUGUUUUAGUCUAAAAAGACUCAUGUUUCAGACUAACCAAUUAGUUGAUAAUAUCACGGAUGCUUUUGGAGUAUAUCCUCAUUUGAACUACAUUGAUCUAAGUGGAAAUCAAUUGUAUGGCCACCUUUCAUCUAGGUGGGGAGAGUAUCUAAAUCUCACACAAUUGGUUAUUCACAAUAACAAGUUUUCUAGCAGUAUACCACCAGAACUAGGAGAGGUAACUAAGCUUGGUUUACUUAAUCUGUCUUUAAAUCUUUUGUUUGGACAAAUUCCAAAACAACUUAGGAAGUUGACCAUGUUGACAAAACUCUUUUUGACCCACAAUAACUUCUUUGGUAGCGUCCCCUCAAAUAUAAGAUCACUUAGUCGGCUUGAAACUUUGGAGCUGGCAGCAAAUAAUUUCAAUGGCACAAUCACAAGAGAGCUUGGAGAAUUAAAAAGCUUAAAGUUCUCGAACUUGAGCAAAAACAAAUUUGAUGAAAGCAUUCCCCUUGAGUUUGGUCAACUCCAACAUCUUGAACAACUUGAUCUUAGUGACAAUUUGUUAACUGGAAAAAUACUGGCAAGACUUGGAAUAUUACUUGCAUUGCAAAUAUCUUCUUGGGACGGGGGCCAAGGAAGUGUUUAUAGGGCUAAGUUGUGUACAGGUGAUGUUGUUGCUAUAAAGAAGCUUCAUUCAAUGCCAAGUGGGGAAAUCUCCAACAAGAAAGCUUUCACAAGUAAUAUUCAAGCUUUGACAGAGAUCAAACAUUGUAACAUUGUGAAAUUGUAUGGGUUUUUUUCCAAUUCACAAUUCUCCAUUUUGGUUUAUGAGUUCUUGGAAGGUGGUAGCUUGGACAACAUACUAAAGAAUCUGAAACAAGCCACUGAGUUUAAGUGGAAUAAGAGGGUGAAUGUUGUUAAAGGGGUGGCUAAUGCUUUAUUUCAUAUGCAUCAUGGCUGUUCAAUUCCCAUUGUUCAUCACGACAUAUCAAGCAAGAAUGUUCUUCUAAGUUUUGACUAUGAAGAAGCUCGCGUCAUUGCCUUUGGACAACAAAGUUUUUGA